AUGUCAAGCACAGAUAGCGACUUUGCAGAUGACGAUGAAAAUGAUGAAGUUUUGCAAGCUUUUUUAUCUGGACGGACACAGCUUCCAUAUGCAAACAACAAUACCCCAGCCACCAUCAUUAACACUAAAACAACAACUUUACCAACAAAUUUAGCAUCAGUAUCAGAAUCAGAAUCAGUAUCGACUGCGGCUGCGGCUGCAGUGCAUGAAACAGGGGCCGAAGGAAGGGAAGCGGGAAGGGAAAACGAAAGGGAGAGGAGAAUUGGAAUGGGAACAACAUUUAAUACGAUACCUGUGCCACUCACGUCGCAAAUAUUACAGAGUCCACUUGAUGAACAAAUACAAGCCAAAUUAUUCCAAGCAGAUGGCGAAAUUGCAACUUUACAAGCACAACUUUUACAGCUCCAGAACCAAAAACGAGACGAAUUGAAUGACUUGCGACAAGCAUAUGAAGCGUUGAAAAAAAGCAAAGACGCCGAGACUGAAGCACUCAAAGAAGCUGUUCACAAGUUGGAGGAUGACCGUAAAUUCUUGAAAAAUGAACUUAUUACUUCAAAUGCGUUGAAAAAGAGGAAAAUCGUCUUGACCCAAGAGGAUGGACUAUUAGCGACAAUGGGAACCACAAACGGAAAUACAACAGUGAAUGCUUCGGGGAUGGCGGAAACACCACCAACAUCCGUGGCGACAGACGUCGAAGUGAUUAGGGAGAAGGUGGUGCAAAAAAUAGUAAGAGUGGAGAAUGACACAGUGGUUUUUAUCGAUCAUCUACGCAAAUAUAUUAUGCUUGGUACCAACCGAUCAUCAUUUAGCUUCCUCAAUAAGAUCUGCUUUGAUUCUGAUUUGGACUUUAACUUUGAGACCAUGAGCAAGACUCAGAUUAAAAAACAGCAAGCAAUAUCACCUGUGUUACUAGAUGCUAUAAUGAACUUGCGAGAAAACCGUCUAGACGAUAUGAUUGACAAGGUUAACACUUUAUUAAUGAACAUCAUUGAAAAAUCCAUACAGAACGAUCUCAUAUUACCGGUUCCUUUUUUGGUUUCACUUAUGCACUGCUCAUUAACAUUCAAAUCAGCAGCUGUCACGGAAAGAUUGAUCAAGAAACUUGUUGUUUGGCUUUCAGACUUUGCUGCAAAAUACGUUUAUUUACUUAGUCCCGAUUUAGAAGAAGAGUCAAGGAUUGGAAUUCAUAGCGAAAAGCCGCUGCAAGUCACAGCAUUGGAAAAGUUUUUACUAAUACAAUUAGUGGAUACCUUGGAGAAAGUUGUUAUUUUGGCGUCUGGUUUUGGUGCUAAAUUUCUUACAUCGGUUUGGAAAAUUAGUCUGAUGGUUUCUUUAGUCAAUACCCUUUUACCUCAAAACACGGAACGUUUUAAAUCGAUUGCGCAAAUAAAUACUGUCACCAGUAUUGUGGGAUUGACUGCAUCUUCAGUUGCCGAGGAGGGUUUUACUUUCAACUCGGUCAAAACUGAGACUAGUAUUGUAUCUGCGCUAAUCAAAGUCCUUACUUUUGAUCUACUGGUGAAGAACGGAUUCCACUUUUAUGGUUUGAAUCGUAUAUUGGGCAACAACUCUGACAUGCAGAAAAUUGAAUUGGCUGUACCACGUGAACACGAUCGCUUGAAUAAUUAUCUUGUUACUAUUCCACCACCAAUCCAUUUAAACCUGUUUUCACAAGAUCCACAGACUUUUGGGUUUUCUCAUGAAAAGUAUGAAACGCAUCUACUACAUCUACGUAUACAAGUGGCACAUUUAUUCCUAACAUGGAUAAUUACAAAGCAAUCUGUAAGUAUGUUGCGUGAUCGAGAUCAUUUCAAGUCAUUAUUCCGUGUUAUCGGUAUUCACCAAAGUUAUGUAGCAAAUAAUGUACGUUCAAAGCAUGUUGGACUCCGGAUUCAAUUGAUUGCACUACUUGUCAAAGUGAUAAACUAUAUAACCCAAGAUCUUCAUGAGGCAAGUGAUUUGAUUUACAGUGAAACUAUGUAUGAAAUGUUUGUUGUGUUGCUGCGAAUUGCCUUUGGUGCUGACUCGUUAUCAAGCGACGCAUUCAAAUUAUUAGUCAAGAUCAGAUCAAGAGGUUUGUCCAAAUUGACUGUCUUUAAUGAAUGGUGUGAAAUGCGAGCUCGAGAAGUUAAUCAUGUGGGGCUGCUACAGAAAGAUAUUUCGGGCCGGUCUCUUGCAACCAUUGAAAGCGAUUAUGCUAAUGGGUUAGAGUUUCCAUAUGAAGCUGAAACCGUUGAACUAGCAAGAGAUAUCCUCAAUCGAUUCGUGAACCAUGAAGAAGCAGAUAACUUGUACUUUAACAUGAACCCCGAAUAUGACGAUAUAGAGAUGAAGAGUCAAUAG